AUGGCGGGAGUUGGCAGAGGAGGGACGGGAUGGUCGCGUAUCGACUCUGCAGCGGCCGAGGCUCGGGUUCGUUUCGAUGACCAGAUGUCUUCACUGGAUGGAGGGCGCAGAGGCCGUCAUAUCACGACGGAUGGAGACUUUGGUAUCGGAAGAUGCUUGGCAGGCGAUGUAAAGGCGCAUAGCAAGCUCAAUCAAUGUGGGUGGUGGUUAGCAGCGCGUGAAGAGACGGCUCAGGGCGUCAAGCAAAACGCGGCUUACGACGCCGUCCCAAAGGACAAAGUAGAGAACGGGAGGCGUUAUACUAAAGGCUUUGGCAACGUAAUGGCUGGGUUUUUUGACGUCGGAGGACUGGCCAGUGUCUCAGAGUUCACGGUCGUAUCGAAGCUUGUAGGCAGCAGCAAGAACACCAGGGCUGACUUUUCUGAGGGCCAAACUGGCGAGAUGGAGCUCAACCUCAUCGGUCCUUGGGCAGGAUUAGGCUCCGCGGAAAGAGGUAUAGUCAGUAAGUGUAUUACUUUGGAAGAGAAUCGGGGAGAACUGGCCAAGGGUCCCCCCAAGUAG